AUGAAAUUAUUAAAUUUAAAAGCACCAUGAUACCAGGAGAGGAUACUUUUGAACGACUGAAUAAUGUGAGCUUAAAGAAGUGUGCUCAAGCUUGUCAUCAAAAUUCGAAAUGUAAUUCUUAUGAGUACCAUGAAAAAUCUAAGUUCUGUGAUCGAAGUAAUGUGACUCACUUGACUCAUGAACUUCAACCUACCAUAUGGGGUUGGGAUAUUUAUGUCAUUAACCCAGAGUAUUCACAAAUUGAGUGUGGACCGCCAAAAGAAGUUGUUGGUUCAUUGAAGUCCUAUAAUUCUACCACCUAUAAAUCUGAAGUCACCUAUACUUGCCCAAAUGGAGAAAAGGUAAAGUCAAGUUGUGAAAAGGACAAUAAGUGGACUCCAGUAGUAUCUUCUUGUAAAGAUUCUCAACUCCAUUUUGUGAAAAUAAAAGAUGCAGCUCUGGAUGUGAGUGACAAAAUAUUAUGGAGUAAGAAAAAAGUAACAGCAGAUGCUUGUGCAAAAAAAUGUCUUUCUGAUAAAAAUUGUUUAUCAUUUGAAAUAACUAAAGGAAGUGGAAAAUGUUACUUAUCAAUGCAAACUGCAGCUUCCUCCAAGAAAAUAAAAACAGACAAAAGCAGAAAUUACUACCAACGAGUAAAAUCUGACAAGCCUCUUCAAAUUAAAAAAGUUAGCACACCAGAGAAGAAGAAUAUUGGAAGGCUUACAAAUGUGAACUUAAAGAAGUGUAAUGAAGCUUGCCUUCAAUAUAUAGGAUGUAAUUCUUAUGAGUACAACAAGAAAGGAAAACUGUGUGAUCUGAGCAAUGUGACUCAGUUGACUGCUGAACUUAAACCAAACAAUGGAAAUUGGGAUAUAUACAUGAUUAACCCAGUCUUCACAAUAAUUGACUGUGGAACUCCAAAAGACAUUGCUACUGCAUCAAAGUCUUACAAUUCCACCACCUAUAAAUCUGAAGUGAUCUAUACAUGUCCAGGAGGAAAAAAAUUAAAAUCAGAAUGUAAGGAGGACAGUGAAUGGGCUCCAUUGUCAUCUGGUUGUAAAGUCACUGAGAUCCUUUUUUUGAAAGUAAAAGAUGCAAUUCUGGAUGUAUCUGGGAAAAUAUUGUGGCCUAAGAAAAAUGUAACAGCAGCAGCCUGUAAAAAAAAAUGUCUGUCUGACAAAGAUUGUUUAUCAUUUGAAAUAAAUAAAAGAAGUGGACAAUGUUACUUAUCAAGGGAAAGUGCAGCUUCUUCCAAGAAAUUGAAGUCAGCCAAAGGCACAGAUUACUACCAACGAGUGAAACCCAAUAAUGAACAUUUCAUGCUUAAAAAAGUUAGCAUACCAAAGGAGGAUAUUUUAGGACAGCGUAAGAAUAAGACCUUAAAGGAAUGUAAUGAAGAAUGCAACAGACAUCAUGGAUGUAAUUCUUACCAGUACAAUGAGGAAAAUAAAUUAUGUGCUCUGAGUAAUGUGACUCAGUGGACUGAUAAACUUAAACCCAGCGAAAAACAUGUGGAUGUGUACAUAGCUAACCCUGCUUACUCAAAAAUUGACUGUGGAUCUCCAAAAGAUGUUGUUGGUGCAUUCAAAUUGUACAAUGCCACCACCUAUGAAUCUGAAGUGACCUAUACUUGCUCAAAUGGAGAACAACUGAAGUCAGAAUGUGAAAAGGACAGCAAAUGGACACCUGUUCCAUCUGUAUGUGAAGGUACUCAUUGGCAAACAUCAGAGUUUUCAAUUACAGAUUAUGCGCAAAUUAAUUGUGGAACUCCAGAAGAUGUUGAUAAUGCAUUGAAGUCAUAUAAAACCACCACCUAUAAAUCUGAAGUGACCUAUACUUGCCCAAAGGGAGAAAAACUAAAGUCAACAUGUGAAAAGGACAACAAAUGGACUCCAGUAGCUUCUGCUUGUAAAGAUAUUCAAAUCCAUUUUGUGAAAGUAAAAAAUGCAGCUCUGGAUGCAACAGAAAAAACAUUAUGGAGUAAGAAAAAAGUAACAGCAGAUGCAUGUGCUGAAAAAUGUUUAUCUGACAAAAGUUGUGUAUCAUUUGAAAUGACAAAAGCAAGUGGACUCUUUUUUGCAAAAGUUGAUUGUGGACCACCAAAAGACAUUGCUGGUGCUUCAAAGUCCUAUAAAAGCACUACCUAUAAAUCUAAAGAUAUAUGCAAUUACAUGUAA